GGGCUGUUGUGUGUCCCACGUGGCCCAUCUUCUGUGUGACUAUUGCGCUUGCGAGUGAGUUGAGGCCGUGGUUGUAACUAGCGGGCGGAGGACGAGUAAAGAGGCUGUUAAUUAGUCGAUCAAUCAAUCAAUCAAUCAAGCCAUCAAGCUGAUCAUGCCGGGAAUGGUAGUUCCCGCCAUAUCUGGGCAGGAGGAGGUGCGGCUUGGCGCGGAGCUGCUUCAAUCUCGCGCCAAUGUGAACAACGUGGUGCGGCUGAUUCGCGCCAUUUCCCGGCGGCGAAAAGAUGAGCGAGUGUUGACCGAAACCACGUGGUCCCUCCAGCUGUUCUUCCUCUCUCUCUAUCGCGAUGGAGUGCUUAAUGAGGAGAGAGAGAAGGAGAAGGAGAAGGAGAGAGCUGAUGCCUCCCUAUUUUUAUUACUUAACAAAAAGAGGAAAGCACGCCAAGAAGUAGCCAGCAACUCUGUCGAUGGUGAUGUCGACGGCGAUGGCGGCGGCGCUGACGACGUCCAAGCGAUGGAUAUGGUGGCAGCGGCGGCGGCAGUUGACAACAACCAAAAACAGCAGCAGCAGCAAGAGCAACUGCUGCCGAAAAAGCAUCAAGAUAUGGCCGAAGGUGAUGAUCUUCUUCCUCCUCCUUCUCCUCCUCCUCAGUCUCCUCCUCUUCUUCCUCCACCUCCUCCUCCCUCGUCGCAGUUGCUGCCCCGGGUCCAACGCGCAGUCGCUUGCGAGGCUUCGUCUUCGCCUGCGGCAUGUCUGCCCAUGGAUGUUGAUGACGUCUACCGUAAUUGGGUGAGAGAACGAUACAAGGACUGCGUGGAGGCAAUGCUGGCUAUGGUGGAAAGCGACGACGCGCCGGCCAAAGCGCAAGCGGCGGCGCUGCAUGCGCUGAUGGCUUUCGUGCGCGCUCAGCGCAAUGGCUCCUUCUUCGACAGCGAGUUGCACGCACGGAUUGUGGAGGCGAUGAUCGAGUGGGGCAACUUCACAUCAGGGGAGGUGGUAGCCAAGCUGUUCGUGGAGAGUUACUUGAAAAAGUAUGCAGAUGUGAGGUAUUUUACUCUGAAGUCUUUGAAUCGGUUGAUAACCAGAAGGACGGCGGCGAUGGCGGCGGCGCCGAGUGGUCGAUCGAAGAGGAAGCAAGCUAUGUCUGGCAUGUCGGGGGAAGGUAAGGGCAAGAGCGGCGGCAGCUGCGGAGGGGGCGGGGAGGGAGGAGGGGAGGAAGAGGGGAGGGGGGUUAGCAAGUCUGGAGGAGGGUCUGAAGUGAGGGGGGCAAGGAGGAGGAGGAGGAGCGGCGAGGAAAAGGAGGAGGGACAGGAAGAGGAGGAGGAGGAGGAGGAGAAAGAGAUGGCGAUGGCGGAAGAGAGCAGGGGGGAGGAAAAGGCGGCGGAGGAGGGGGUAAGAGAAGGAGAAGGGAAGGGUGAGGAAGACAACUCUCAAGACUCGAACAAAAGACCUUCGGUAAGUAUAGACACGUUCUUACGGAAUGUGUACGAGAUUCUGGUCCGGGUUCCUCCACUCUCCACUUACUCCCCCUCCUCCUCCUCCUCCCCCUCCCCCUCCUCCUCCUCGUCGUUAUCUGUAGCGGCUAAGUUGUUGCUGACGAAGAAGAAGGGAGGGGGAGGGGGAGGGGGUUGUGACGACGAUGGGGGGGGGGAUGGAGAACUCCGUCUCCGGGGGUGGUCAGAUGCGGACCCCCUGGUCGACCAGGACGCAAGAGAGAAGAAGAAGGGCGGGGGGAGAGGGGAUGACAAGAGUAAGAGCGCGAGCAUCAUCAUCAUGAGCAGCAGCAGCAGCAGUGGCAGUGGCAGCAAACGAAACAAAGCGCAUCUGCCGAAGAACCGGCUAUGGCGGAUGGAGAAGAUGCAGAAGAAGAUGGCCAGCGAAUGCUGGCUCUCGUUUCUUCGGGCUCCUCUUCCUGUUGACGUCUACAAGAAAGUGCUCGCGGCCAUGGAGUCGUUGGUCAUACCGAAUCUGACAAAUCCAUUGCAUCUGAGCGACUUCCUGACCUAUUCGUACGCAAGGGGGGGGGUGGUGAGUGUCAUGGCCCUGAGUGGCCUCUUUUGUCUGAUCACCAAGCACGGGCUAGAGUAUCCCGACUUCUACAACAAGCUGUACGCGAUCCUGGAGCCGUCGAUCUUCGAGGCCAAGCAUCGGUCCAGGUUCUUCGAACUGCUGGAUGUAUGUCUGAAAUCGUCUCAUUUGCCUGCCUAUCUGGCGGCGGCGUUCGCGAAGAAAUUGGCGCGCUUAGCCCUGAUUGCUCCCCCUGCAGGGGUCAUCGUAUCCAUCGCCAUGGUACGGAAUCUGCUUCGCAGACAUCCUUCCAUCAACAGCCUUGUACACAGAGAAGGAGGAAAAGUAGUAACUGUUGAGGGAGUAGGAGGAGGAGGAGAUGGUGGGAAGAACACUUUUCCUCUUCCUCCUCCUCCUCCUCCUCCUCCUGCUGCUGCUGAUAGAGCGACGCUGUCAUCUUCCUCUCAGUUGGACUCUGCUGCGUGUGCUGGUCAGACAUCACUUGGUGUUGAGCAGACGAAUGGAAGCGAGAGAGAAGGCGGCGAUGGCCAGAUGCAGCAGGUAAGGAAGAAGGAGGGAGAAGAGGGGGGGCAAUUGGCUAUGUCGGCUGGGAAGCAGAUUAGGGAUGGAGGUGGUGGUCCUGGUGUGGAUCCUUUCUUGCCCGAUGAACGAAAUACUGCCACGUGUCGCGCGCUGCAUAGCUCUCUUUGGGAGAUUGAUGCGCUGCGCAGGCAUUACUGUCCCACUGUGUCGAAGUUCAUCAAGUCGUUGGAUGUCGAUCUGACGGUGAGGAGAAAGACGACGGAAGUCUCCGUUAUGGAGUUUAGCCGCGGCUCUUAUGCAUCGGUCAUGGUGGACCAAUUAGGCAAGAAGCUGAGGAAGGUUCCUCUCGCUUUCUAUUCGUCGUCCACCUGCCCUUCCUCUCUCUUCGGCGGCCAUCGCCAAAGCUUGGGUCUUCCGUCAGCGGCAGCAGGCGGCGCCGGCGGAGGAAAAGGAGAAGGAGAAGUAGAAGGAGGAGGAGGAGGAGGAGGAGGAGGAGGAGAAAGACAACGUGGAAUUGGGGUUGGCAAGGACUUAGUCGAUUUCGAUGGGUGGGUGUUUAAGACGGGUACGGGCGGUGAUGGCGUGGACGUGGAGGGUGGUGAUGAGGAGAAAAUGGCUAUGGAGAGGGAGAAGAAGGAGAGGAAGAGGAGAUCCCAACGUUCUGUGGAGGAGAUGGAGGGAGAAUACGCUGAUAGUGAGGAUGACGGCGAUGGCGAUGAUGGUGAAGAAGAUGAGGGUGACGAUGAUGAUGAGCUUGGUGAAGAAGAUGGCGAUGGCGAUGAAGGAGAGAAGGGUAAUGGUGAGGAGGAGGAUGACGAUGGUGAUGGAAAUGAGGAGGAGGAGGAGGAUGGUGCGGACGAUGACCAGGGCGAUGGGGAAGAGGAAGAAGAUGAAGAGGGGGAAGGAAUAGAAGAGGAGGAGGAGGAGGAGGAGGAGGGUGAAGAGGAGGAAGAAGAGGAUGAAGAAGAAGAAGAAGAAGAAGAAGAAGAAGAAGAAGAAGAAGAAGAAGAAGAUGGGGGCAAUGAUGAAGAGGAAGAGGAAGAUGACGACGAUGAAGACGAAGACGAAGAGAAGGAGCCAGCACCUAAGAAAACGAAGAGAGCGUGAUGAUAUUAACAAAAAAUGAAUUAAUGAAGAAGUCCAGCACAAACGAGAUCAACGAGAGAUUUUUACCUCCCUCCCCUUCGCCCUUGCCUUCCUUUUCUUACUUCGCUUACGAUCCUUCUCUUCAUUGUUUGACUCGGCUUGUAUUCUAGUGUUUACGGAAAAAGGAAGUAAGAAAAACUUGGGAGCCCUAUUCUUUUUUCUUUUUUUUUUUUCAAUUCUCCAAUUUUGGCUCUUUUUUUUUCAAUUCUCCAAUUUUGGCUC